AAAGGAAGCGAGUCUUUCACCACACCCUCCCCAAUCACCCACCGCCAUGUCGUUCUUCCGCAAAGUGUCCGACUCCGAAGAGUCCGACUCCGAGUCCGAGGAGGAGCUGAUGUCCGACUCGGACGAGGAGCAGCAGACCAAAAAGACCGCAGCUGCGGGCAAGAAAAAGGCAGACGACUCGGAUGCCGACUCUGACGAGGAUUCAGACCAGUCAGACGAUGACUCUGACGACGAUGGCUCUGAUGACGACGAUGAGGGCGCCGGUGCUGGAAAAGAGGCUCCCAAAAAGCAGAGCCGCUUCCUCAGAGGUGCAAGCGACGACAGUGACAGCGAGGAAGAGACCAAAAAGGUCAUCAAGAGCGCCAAGGACAAGAGAGCAGAUGAGAUCGAGGCUGUUGUGAAGAACAUUGAGAACGCCCAGCGGAUCGACGACUGGGUGGCUAUCUCCAAGGAAUUCGACAGCCUGAACCGUCUGGCCGACCGACAGAGGACGAUGCAGGAGGCAAUCCCCACAUCGUACAUCAAGGCCAUCGACAACCUGGAGAAUUUCUUGACGACAUCGGCACAGAAGGAAAAGACCGCGUCGAAGAAGAUGAAGGCGCCCAACGCAAAAGCCAUGAAUGGCAUGAAGCAAAAGCUCAAGAAGGUGUCCAAGGACAACGAAGACGCUCUCGCCCGCUUCCGAGAGAACCCAGAGGCAUUCGAGGCAGCUGCGGCCGCGGCUGCUGCCCCGGCGCCUUCCGCAGCCUCACAGGCAAAGAAGAAGAAGCCGGCCGAGGCGCUUCUCGACGACGAAGAGCCUGGUGAGGGCGACGAUGACUUCCAGACCGUGGGACGAGGUGGCAAGGCAGUUACAUACACGAGCGAGGGACUUUUCAAGAGCCUGGCCAGUGUCAUGGAGGCUCGCGGCCGCAAAGCCACGGACCGCAGCGAGCAGGUUCAGAUCCUCACCAAGCUCCUCGAGGUGGCCGCGUCCACGUACCAGAAGAUUCGCGUCCUCCUCGCCCUCGUUGCGGCCCGCUACGACUACAACCAGUCCGCUGGGCAAUACAUGUCGUCGGACAUGUGGAACUCGGCGCGCAAGGAGCUGGACCAGCUCAUUGACAUUCUCGUUGCCGACCGAACAUAUGUGGUGCGAGAGGAGACGGAGGACUACGACGAUGAAAUCGACCGACUGCCCAACCAGAAUGGAGAGGGCGAUGUCGUUGCCGUCCGCGGAAGCACAAUCAGCUUCAUCGAGCGCCUCGACGACGAGUUCACAAAGAGCUUGCAGAACAUCGACCCGCACGCACCCGAGUACGUCGAGAGACUGAGCGACGAGAAGCUCCUCUACCAGACCAUCAUUCGAGCCCAGGUGUACUACGAGCAGACGAAGCAGACCGACGAGCUGAGCCGGGCGGUCAUGCGCCGCAUCGAGCACGUCUAUGCCAAGCAGGACAACAUCGUCCAGGCCCUCGAGGCCGCCAGUGCCUCGGCCCAAGAAAAGGUCACGUCGACUGUCGCUCCCUCGCCUGCCGAGGUGGCUCAGCCAAAGGGGCCCACCGCGCUCGUGCGCGCCCUCUGUGUCCUGCUCUACAAGACGCCCGGCCUGACGUCUGAGCGGCUUCGUAGCAGGGCCAUGCUCUGCCACAUUUACCACCACGCUCUGCACGUCGACUACUACAUUGCGCGCGACAUGUUCCUCAUGAGUCACCUGCAGGACCUCAUCGCCAUGGCCGACGCGCCCACGCAGAUCCUGUACAACCGCGUUGUGGUCCAGCUGGGCGUGUGCGCCUUCCGACUGGGUCUCAUCAAGGAGGCUCAGGCCGCACUGCAGGACAUCUUUGCCUCGACGCGCGUCAAGGAGCUUCUGGCUCAGGGUGUCCAACGCCAGAACCAGUACAGCAACCUGACGCCGGAGCAGGAGAAGAUGGACCGUCAGCGCCAGCUUCCUUUCCACAUGCACAUCAACCUCGAGCUGCUCGAGUGUGUCUACCUGACCUCGUCGAUGCUCCUCGAGAUCCCCAACAUUGCCUAUGCCGGCAACGACCCCGAGCUGAAGAGGCGAGUCAUCAGCCGAAACUUCCGCAAGAUGCUCGACUUCACCGACCGUCAGGUGUUCUCGGGACCUCCUGAGAGCACGAGGGACCACAUCAUGAUGGCCAGCAAGGCGCUGCAGAACGGCGAUUGGAAGGAGUGCACGAGACUGAUCAACGAGAUCAAGAUCUGGAAGCUCAUGGUCAACAGCGACCAGGUCAAGGAGAUGUUGGCUGUCAAGAUUCAAGAGGAAGGGCUCAAGACCUACCUCUUCUCUUACUCUUGCUACUACCGUAGCGUGUCGAUUGACCACCUGAGCUCGACGUUCGACCUCGAGCCGAGCAAGGUCCGGUCAUUGGUUAGCGCCAUGAUUUGGAACGAGGAGCUCGUCGCGAGCCUGGACCCGAUCGACAACGUCGUGGUCCUCCACCGCGUUGAGCUGAGCAAGGUGCAGCAACUGGCCCAGACGCUGGCAGAGAAGGCCAACAGCAUGCUCGAGCAGAAUGAGCGGGCGCUUGACGCCAAGCUUGGGGAUGCAAAGGUCGGUGGUGCUGGCGGCGCCGGCUCCGGCGAGAGGGGCGAGCGAGGCGAAGGCGGCGGUGGACGGAGAGAAGGCAGGCGAGGCGGCGGCGCCGGCGGGGGACGAGGGCGCGGUCGCGGACGAGGGAGAGCGCAAUUCAAUGCGCUUCCCGGUCAGCAAAAAGUGUAGAGUGUAUCUUAUUGACACUUCCCCUCUCUCUACCAUCUCUCAUUUUCCCACCCUCAAUUCCAUCAUUGUCUUCUUCAACCUCUGUUUUUAGGCAUGCAUAGUGAGGGUGUGUGUUGUGUAUGCGUAUGUGUGUUUGAUAUUGGGUGGAUACGUGACGACACGCGCUCACGCGUUGCUUUUUGAG